AUGGAUAUAAGACGUUAUUGCGCUAAAGCUAGGUCGUUACCUGAAAGUAACGUGCUGUAUGGCUUGCGUACAGUGUCAAAUGAGCAAGAGCCAUUGCAUCGGUGCCCGAAUUGGAAGAAGGAUGUAGUUGAUGUCAAGAGGGUAAAUGAUCAAAUCAUCUCUAAUAAAUUUGUAGGGGAAGGAGGUACUUUUCAUGUGAUUAGCGUCUAUGCACCACAAGGGGGUUCGAACGAGCAACACAAGAUAAGGUUUUGGGAGGAUCUUGAGAGUUUGGUCCAAGACAUACCUUCGAGAGAUAAGAUUUUUGUAGGAAGAGAUUUAAAUGGCCAUGCUGGAAGAGAAGUGAUUGGGUAUGAAAGUAUUCACGGAGGCCAUGGUUUCGGGGUGGUCAAUACCGAGGGUAAAAUUAUUUUAGACUUUUUCUCAAUCUUUGACCUUCUCAUCGCAAAUACAUCUUUUUAA